CUCAAAGGGCAAAAGCAAAAACAGCAAAAAAGGAAGAUGGCAAGACUGUUGUUACUUUUCCUCCCAGGUCUUGUGGCCAUAUGUGCCGUGCAUGGAAUAUUUAUGGACAGACUUGCUUCCAGGAAGCUGUGUGCAGAUGACGAGUGUGUCUAUACUAUUUCUCUGGCCAGAGCUCAAGCAGAUUACAAUGCCCCAGACUGCAGAUUCAUUAACGUUAAAAAAGGGCAGUGGAUCUAUGUUUACUCAAAGCUGGUAAAAGAAAAUGAAGCUGGAGAAUUUUGGGCUGGCAGUGUUUAUGGCGAUCAACCUGAGGACGAGAUGGGAACUGUGGGUUAUUUCCCCAGCAACUUGGUCCGGGAGCAACAUGUGUACCAAGAAGCCACCAAGGAAGUUCCCACCACGGAUAUUGACUUCUUCUGCGAGUAAGAAGUUAGACAAAUUUGCAGAUAGAAAGGAAACACCAAAAACAAAGAAAAAAGCAAAAAUAACCAAAAAA